AUGUCCCCACGAUGUCACCCACUGUCAGGGUGGCAGCGCUGGCCGCUCCCUGAUGGCCGUGUCCCCGCUGUCCCCAGGCCCCCCCAGGACAUCAGCCUGGAGGAGUUCGAUGACGAGGACCUGUCGGAGAUCACGGACGAUUGCGGCAUCGGCCUCAACUACGACUCGGACCACUACGAGAAGGGAAUCGCUGUCCCCUCCCCACCACGGGAUCUGUGUCCCCUGUCCAGGGUCACUGUCACCUUCACCCCGCGCCCCGCGGAGCCGCUCAGCUCCGACGGGGAGGGUCCCCAGUCCGGCCGGGCCGCCAGCGUGCGCGGCCACCCCUCGGGCUCCUCGGACACCACGUCGCCCUCCUCGGACCCCGGCAUCGAGGCCGAYCUCACGAGCCGCACGGCCAAGCCCUUCCUGCCCGGCGGGCGGCGCGGGGACGAGCUCAGCUCGCCCGGCUCCGACUCGGACGUGGACGGGGAGCUGGAGGCGGCGUUCGCCGGCGGGCGACUGGUCAGCAACAUGAUCUCGUCCAUCUCCGAGACCGAGCUGGACCUGAGCAGCGACAGCAGCAGCGGCCGCUCGUCCCACCUGACCAACUCCAUCGAGGAGGCCAGCUCGCCGGGCUCCGAGGGCGAGCUGGAGCCCGAGCUGGAGGCGCCCGGCCUGCUGGGCAUCAAGGACUCGCUGCUGCUGGACAAGGGCAAGGAGGAGCAGGAGGAGGAGCCGGCCGAGCGGGGCCCGGCUCAGGAGCGCGGCGUGCUCAGGAGGGAGAGCCUGGCCGAGCUGAAGAUGGACGCCUACUACGACAGCCUGGACCCGGCCGACGGCCCCGCGCCCGAGGGCCAGACCGACGUGUCCAGCGCCAGCCCCCUGGACCUGAAGAUCGACCCCGACCACAGCCUGGAGAGCAUCCGCCGCUCCUUCUACCUGCCCGUGGGGCCCAAGCUGAUGCCCGAGGCGGACGAGGAGGACAACAGCGAGUACGACUCGGACUCGGAGUCCGAGCCCGACCUGAGCGAGGACUCGGACUCGCCGUGGCUGCUCAGCAACCUGGUGAACAAGAUGAUCUCGGAGGGCUCGUACCCCAUCAAGUGCCCGGACGAGUGCUUCCAGAACACGCACUCGCUGUGCGACACCAUCUCGCCCGCCUCCGACCUGGAGCCCGAGAUCCUCAGCGAGGCGCUGGACGAGGAGCCGGGCCCGCGGGACUCGCCGGCGGCUCUGGGGGACGCGGCGGAGCGGCRCGGCCACCAGCGCGGUGCCAUCGAGCUGGUGGACAUGGAGACGCUGCGCUGCUCCCUGGCCGAGGCCGAGCGCACCGCCGCCGAGCCGCCACCGGAGCCGCCGGCCGAGGAACCGGGGCCUUUCCUGUUCCUCAGCAACCCCACCAACGACACCAUCGCUCCCGUGUGCCCCGGCCGCCCCGUCGCUCUCGGCUGUCGCCUGGACGCCUCCGAAGUCCUGGCCACCCUGGGUUGCCGCCCGCCACCACCACCACGAGCAUCCCCGGGCACCGAGCAGCCCUCCGGCGUGACCGGUGACCGCCACCCCGCCAGCCCCCGGCGCCGGGCACCGGACAGCGAGCCGGACUCGGCAGCACCGGAGGCCGAUUCCAUGAUCGACGACGUGCGGUUAGCGCCCGACACCGACCCCGCCGCGCUGGACGUGUCCACGGCCAAAACCAACCGCGGCUUCGCCAUGGCCCUGGAGGAGGCCGGGGAGGGGACGCUGCCACCGGAGCCGCCGGCGCUGGACGAGUCGCUGGCCUACGAUUCGGUCAAAUACACGCUGGUGGUGGACGAGCACACGCAGCUGGAGCUGGUSAGCCUGCGGCGCUGCACGUCCGUGCUCAGCGACGACAGCGACAUCCUGCGCGCCUGCGACGACGAGGUGGCCUUCGGCGACGGGCUGGUGGCCCCCGACGCGCGCAGCUCCUCCGAGGACUCGUCCCCCGAGGCCGACCUGCAGUUCUCCAAGAAGUUCCUCAACGUCUUCGUCAACAGCACCUCGCGCUCCUCCAGUGAGUGGCCGCGUCGUAUCGGGACGUGUCGCGAUAUAUCGUGACAUA